CGCACCAACACGACGCACUGCUCGGGUUCGGAUAUCGGUUGGAUCGCGUCGAGGUCAGUACAAAUAUUCCAUCGCCAGCCGCUUUACGGUGCACACGCGACUCGUGACUCUCUGCGUCUUUUUCCCACGGCGGGACAUUCCGGACAGUGACAAAAAGACCGUCAGUUUACACCUAUCUUCCAAAGCCAGACGUACAUCAAUUAAGUCGUCCAAAAUGUCUGAAGUCAAAGCUAAGCUGCUUACCCAGAUUGCCGAACCGAUGACCUCGUCUGGCAACAAGGUCACCGUGGUCGGUAUCGGCCAGGUCGGUAUGGCCUGUGCCUUCAGCAUUCUGACCCAGAAUGUGUCCAGUGAGGUGGCCCUCAUUGACGUCAACGCGGACAAGCUGCAGGGUGAAAUGUUGGAUCUGCAGCACGGUUCUGCAUUCAUGAAGAAUGCUCACAUCAACGCAGGCACCGAUUUCUCAGUGUCGGCAGGCUCGCGGUUGAUCGUCAUUACGGCCGGUGUACGACAGAAGGAGGGUGAAAGCCGAUUGGACCUUGUCCAGCGUAACACCGACAUUCUGAAGGGCAUCAUCCCGAAGCUGGUUGCACAAAGCCCCGACUGCAUCCUGCUGGUGGUUUCCAACCCGGUCGAUAUUCUCACCUACGUAGCGUGGAAGCUUAGCGGUCUGCCCAAGAACCGUGUCAUCGGUUCCGGCACCAAUCUCGACUCGUCCCGCUUCCGCUUCCUGAUGUCGCAGAAGCUGGGCGUUGCCCCUACCUCCUGCCACGGUUGGAUCAUCGGUGAGCACGGUGACAGCAGCGUGCCCGUGUGGUCCGGUGUAAACGUAGCCGGUGUUCGGUUGGCCGAAAUUAACCCCAGCAUCGGUACGGAAGCGGACACGGAAAAGUGGGGCGAUCUGCAUCAGCAGGUUGUCAACAGCGCAUACGAAGUCAUUCGCCUGAAGGGCUACACCUCGUGGGCUAUCGGGUUGAGUGUAGCCUCGCUGGCUUCGGCUAUCCUGCGCAACACGUACAAUGUCCAUGCAGUUUCCACCCUGGUCAAGGGCGAACAUGGAGUGGAUGAUGAAGUCUAUCUUUCGCUGCCUUGCGUGCUGGGUCGCAAUGGCGUGAGCCACGUGGUGAAACAAAUUCUUACUCCAGAGGAAACGAAGAAACUGCAGGCAUCCGCCACUCUGAUGGCGCAGGUGCAGUCUGGAAUUAAAUUCUAAGCACCUCUGCCAGCCAUACCUAAUCUUCACACGUUAUUUAUUAUCAGAGCAAAAUGUAUGUUAAGCUAGCUAAGAACAAGCACCCAACAACCCGAACCGGGCGAUACCUUAGAACCAACCCCAAACAACCUAACCCAACCUUUUGAAGGAAUCUGCUGAAAGCUUAAAACAAGCACCCAAGAACCUUAGAGAGUAAUUCGAUCGCAUGAUUCGUAAAUGUCCCUUAAUGUCUGAAAAACGUAUGCUUCACAGCAAAUAAAAUGAUAGAGAUAUUAUGCAGUGCAUUCGAUUUUCAAUUGGAAGAAACGGCAUCAGGAUUAAGCUGAUCGGGAAAGCAACAACUGAUGAUAGUAGCCCUCAAACAUUGACUAGCUGAAGGAUCGAACACUUGAAACUCACAUUGCCCCACAGCAAUGUUGCGGACAUUGUGAAUGCGUGCAGUAGAAAAGUAAUGUUUAGGUAACCAUUUAGCAAAUGAUGUAAACUAACGAUGCAAGCGAUUGCAUGCAAAAAUACAAAACACACACCACCCUACCUCGAUUAGUGUUUAGGAGUCUCACAACAAUAUGGUAAUUUCGGUUAUACACAUCAAUUGGAAGCGAGCGAAUUGGCCACACAUUCGAACACUCCCCGAUCGGACAUUGCACUUCGUUGCGACCCGAGAUUACGAAAUUGUUGAGCUCAUGCAAUUCAAAAAUUUGAAACUGAUAAACCACAAAUACAAAAAAUAUACUCUCGUACUAGACAAAACUUUUGGAAUCGACAUAAGAAACAAAUUGACAAAUUUACUACUCUAAACUACAAUCUCUUUUGGAAAAAAAAAAACAAGUAAAAGUAACGUCAUAAUUCUACACUUGCCGUGCGCUUUGAGGAAAAGCCUUUAAACUAAUCGAAUACUCAAUAAAUUGCACCUUCCUACAGUAAA